CCGCUCGAAUAUUAGGUACAGAGUGCAGCCGAGUAAGAGGCGUUUCGCGUUUCGAAGCGGCAGCAGUUGAACUAUUAAAACUCUUUUAAAAAAAUCUAAGUGUUUUCGGCCAGUGACUUUUGUGAAGUGAUCAGUGAUGAGGCCGCCUACGGAAUAUGACGGGGGAGCGCGGGUGCCGACGGAAGCCGAGGAGGUGGACCCGCGGGCGCCAGCGAUGAUGAUCUGCGCCCGGCUCGCAGGCCGCGCUAUCAUUCGCGUCGUCGGACGCUGCGAGGAUGCCCAGGAAAACAGCCAGCUCGACCUGUCAGAAUGCCAGCUGAUGCAAGUCCCAGAUGCAGUAUACCACCUCAUGCGACACACGGAGCUUAAGAGCUGCGAUCUCAGUGGCAAUGUCAUCACCAAGAUACCUCCCAAGUUUGCCGUCAAGUUCAGCUUGAUUACAGAUUUGAACCUGUCAAACAACCAGAUGGCCAGAUUGCCAGAUGAGCUGUGCACACUGGCUUGCCUGGAGCGGCUGGACAUCUCCCAUAACAGCUUUGUGGCCCUCCCGGCCAUCGCCUGCCAGUGUCCCAGUCUCCACACAUUACAUGCACACCACAAUCAGAUCAUUGAAGUAGACGUGGACCGAUUGGAGCGGUCGCGCGCCCUCGAGUACGUGGACCUGAGCGACAACCCCCUCCCGCCGCGCGUGUACGACGAGCUCAAGCAGCUCUCGCGGCCCUCCGUGGCCGUGUCCGAGCGCGUCAAGGAGGACUGGGAAGAGGACCUCAUCCUCUAGGAGGCUAACUCGCGUUUGGGGCCAGAGCUGACAUUCAAACGAGCUUGUGAUACUCGAUUUAUAGUCAUUGUAGUUAUGAACGUCCGUCUUUUAUUAUAAGUACAAGUGACUUCAAUCUGAGUUUUUUAACAAAUAUAUAUUUAGGUCGAUUACCAACUAAAGGCUCACGCUCAACUAUAGUCACGCUGCUAAUUGUAUGUAACAAAGCCUAUAAACCAAAUCAAAUACUGAAUAAAAAUGUAAUUUAUACUCUGUUGAGAUUGAUGCAGUAUUUUUCAUAAAAAAGCGCAGUAUUUCGGUGACUAGCAUGUACUUAUUAUUUGUAAAGCUCGUAACUACGCUGUGAUACUGGCCCUAACUUACCUGUGAUCUGUCUAUGAGAAUAUGACAAUAUAUUAUAUUAUGUAUUGUUAGUUCGUGCAUUGCAUAUUGUUUUAUGUAAAAUUACUAAAAUUAUGUACCUAAGAGUAAAUGUGGAUUCCGUUAACUGCAACGCCCGUGUCGAAAUCAUGGUUUGCACAGAUGUAGUUAUUUUAUUAUUAAAAAUCCAAUAAAAUUUAUUCUGGUCCUAAUUAAUACUAGCGUUGUUUCAAAGAAUAAACUAUUUUGAUUCAACCAAAGAUGAAUGAUAGGACCUAGAGACGGUAUGUAGUAUUUUUAAAGAUAUGGGUUUGUGCAAUAUGUUUCCAGUGAGUUCUCAGGGGUUGAGUGCUGUAACGGAUUUUAAUAAAUAAUGUAUUACUUUAUUGUGCUCAAAGAGAUGUGUACUUAAGUAUAACACAUAGUGGUAAGCCAGGGUGAAGUUUAUAAUUUUUUUGAAUCUAUAAUGAUAAGUUUUGUUCAAACGAUACUGAACUGAAGGUACCGUUACCGUAAAAUAUGCCUACUUUGCUCCAAAAUUUGCUCCAGAAUUUGGAAUUUAAAAACAUUUAUAAAAUUGUAAUAUUUUUUAGAGAUUGAGAUCUUUAUUUAUUUAUUUAGAAAUUUAACUCAGGCAACAAGGCCCAUAUUACAAAUACCUUCAGACUAACAUACAUAUGUAUACACAUGUGUGUGUGUAUGUAUGUAUUGUGCUAGGUAUGUUGAUAUUUGAAUAUGCCGAUUUAAAGCAGACAUUAGACCAUCAGUACUAUGAUGUUUUAACACUUAAAUGAGACAGUGAUAUAUUUUUCACAACUGUUGGAGCACAAUUACCCAGUGGGGAGCAAUGUAGGCAUAUUUUAAGAUAAAUAUAUGACUUAUAUGAGUUAAGCGUUGUGUAUAACACCAGUGAUACUGAUAAUUUUUCUACAAAGAGAUAACAUACGAUAGUAAUGUUAAUAAGAAUAAUAAGGAUAUGCGAUCACUCUCUCUGAAUUAUAGUACAUACACUACAGACAGGUACAAACAGCAAAACUCCUAAUUGUGUACUUCGGUGGACCUUAUUACCAAAGACAUAAGGUCCACCGAUGUACAGUUAGGAGUGCGGGCGAUGGUAUUUGCAAUUGAUAUAUAUAAUAUGCCUGCUGACUGGCUUAAUUAUAAUAAGUUUUUAUAUUGAAUACUAGUCCAUUCAUUUAGAUAAGAAUGUGCUUUAUGAAUAAGAAAAUAUAGAGAAUACUCUAUUUUGGUGCUUAAGGCAUCCUUAUAUUUAAGAUGAAGUGACAGUUUAUUAUUUUUAACAUAUUUUAUUAAGAAUUAUUGUGCUUCUUAACGGUUUUUGUUUGUUUUACGCAUUUUAAUCGAUUUGUAAAAUA